AUGGCGACAAACGGCGAUAUGCCCUCGGAAGAGGAGUCGGGACCGGAGUCUCCCCAAAUGGAGCCCGUCGACGGCCAGGAAAACCACGAGGUCGAAGAUCAAGAGCCGCUCGAUCAGCCAAAAUCGGUGCUCAAAAAAUCAGAGCCACUGCCUGAGAUAAAGAGACCCGAGCUCCCAGAGCAACCAGAUCCAGAAAACCUCGAUACUUCGCUAUUGACGCCACUUUCGCCUGAAAUCAUCGCAAGGCAAGCUACGAUCAAUAUUGGCACAAUAGGGCACGUGGCACACGGUAAAUCGACGGUGGUGAAGGCAAUAUCUGGGGUGCAGACUGUCAGGUUCAAGAACGAGUUGGAAAGAAACAUCACGAUCAAGCUGGGUUAUGCGAAUGCCAAGAUCUAUAAGUGUGACAACGAGAAGUGCCCUAGGCCAACGUGCUAUAAGAGCUACAAGAGUGAAAAGGAGGUAGAUCCACCGUGUGAGAGGCCAGGCUGUGAAGGUCAAUAUAAAUUGGUCAGACAUGUAUCAUUUGUGGAUUGCCCUGGUCACGAUAUUCUCAUGAGCACCAUGUUGUCAGGCGCAGCCGUCAUGGACGCAGCCCUGCUUCUUAUCGCUGGGAAUGAAUCAUGCCCUCAACCGCAGACCUCUGAGCAUUUAGCAGCUAUCGAGAUCAUGAAGCUUGACCACAUCAUCAUUCUCCAGAAUAAGGUCGACUUGAUGCGAUCAGAAGGCGCGGAGCAACACUUCCAGUCCAUCGAAAAUUUCGUUCGGGGCACAGUAGCAGAUAAAUCACCCAUCAUCCCGAUAUCCGCCCAGCUAAAGUACAAUAUUGACGCCAUCAAUGAGAGAAUAGUCAACAAAAUCCCUGUUCCCGUCCGAGACUUUGGCGCUGCACCGCAUAUGAUCAUUAUCAGGUCCUUCGACGUCAACAAACCGGGAGCUGAGAUAGAAGAACUGAAAGGGGGUGUGGCAGGAGGCAGUAUCCUGACCGGUGUCCUGAAGCUCGGCGAUGAAAUCGAGAUUCGACCCGGUUUAGUGACGAAAGACGAGCAAGGGAAGAUCAAGUGCCGACCUAUCUUCAGCAGAGUUGUUUCGCUCUUUGCCGAGCACAAUGACCUGAAAUUUGCCGUUCCGGGCGGUCUCAUCGGUGUAGGUACUCGAGUAGAUCCCACACUGUGCCGUGCCGAUCGUCUCGUUGGUUUCGUUCUCGGUCUUAAAGGUCAAUUACCAUCGAUAUAUACGGAGCUCGAAGUCUCCUUCGUGCUGCUCCGCCGCUUACUAGGGGUCAAGACUGCCGAUGGCAAGCAGGCGAAGGUGGAAAAGCUGUCCAAGGCUGAGGUUUUGAUGGUCAAUAUUGGAUCAACGGCCACAGGUGCCAAGAUCAUGAACGUCAAGAAAGACGCCGCCAAGAUUCAAUUGACGAGUCCCGCUUGCACAGAAAUAGGAGAGAAAAUAGCACUGAGCAGGAGAAUCGACAAGCAUUGGCGGUUGAUUGGGUGGGCGAAUAUCGUUGCGGGCGUGACACUAGAGCCGAGUCUCGACUAG